CCGCCCCCUCCAUCAUGGCGGCGGCGGCGGCAAAUUAGGGCAGAGCCCGCGCUCACCGGCCGAGCGCGCGCGCGCGCGCCCCCCCCCUUCCCCACCUCACCCCACACACACACACCCACCACACACACACACACACACACCGCCCCCGGCGGGAGCGACCCGCGAGCGGCGGCCGCUCCUCCGCCGCCUCCUGUUCCUCCCCGCGGCGCCCGCAGUCUUCCCGGGCUCCCCGGAGCACUCCUGCCGUGCCCCACAAGGACACUGCCGCCUGCCCGCCAACCUGAUGGCGUCCGCUACUGCUGUGCCUGUAGGAUUCCACUAUGAAACCAAGUACGUAGUGCUCAGCUACCUGGGGCUCUUAGCACAGGAAAAGCCGCAGGAGCAUCCUCCUCCUCCUCCUCCUCCUCCUCCAGCUCAAGAGGCUCAACAACAGCUUGUGGCCCAACAUGCUUUGGAGAAAGAGGCUUUGGAGAAGAUCAAAGUAGAAAUCGAGGAGGAGCUAAAACGUCUCGAUGAAGAAAUCUUGGAAGCAUUUACCACUACAGGAUUUGACUGCCACACUUCCCCAGUGUUCAGCCCUGCUAAUCCAGAGAGCUCAAUAGAAGACUGCCUGGCUCAUUUGGGGGAGAAAGUGUCCCAGGAGUUGAAGGAACACCUGCACAAAGCACUACAGACCUUGCUUAGCAAGCCGGUGACAUAUCAAGAAUAUCGAGAACGCACACAAGAGGCAGCUGCUCAUGCCAGUGGAUGGAACAAGGUCUUGGUGCCCCUGGUUCUGUUACAACAGUUUCUGAUGGAGUUAACCAGACGGGGUCAGGAACCACUGAGUGCCCUUGUGAACUUCGGGGUGACAUAUCUAGAAGACUAUUCUGCAGACUAUAUCAUUCAACAGGGAGGAUGGGGGACAGUCUUUACUUUGGAAUCCGAAGAGGAAGAGUACCCCGGGCUCAUCGCAGAGGACAGUAAUGACAUCUACAUCCUGACCAGUGACAACUCAGGCCAGGUGAGCCCCCCGGAGUCCCCCACCGUGACCACGUCGUGGCAGUCGGAGAGCCUGCCCGUCUCCCUGUCGGCGAGUCAGAGCUGGCACACGGAGAGCCUGCCAGUCUCCCUGGGACCCGAGUCCUGGCAGCAAGUGGCUAUGGAUCCUGAAGAAGUCAAAAGCCUGGACAGCAACGGAGGGGGUGAAGAGAGGAGUGAGAACAACUCUUCCAACUCCGAUAUUGUUCACGUGGAGAAGGAAGAGAUACCGGAGGGGAUUGAGGAAGCAGUGGUGGCAGCUGGCGCUGCAGAGACCACGCAGGCGGCGUUUCCAGAAACCUCUGCUUCUCUACAGGAAGCAAAACCUCCAGCUGAAGUUGCUGCUGUUGAAAAAGCACAUCCCUCCGCACUUCUGCGUGCAAAACAGGAGGAAAAGGGAAAAGCGGCCGAAGAGCUUGUUGAACCUGAAAUCCCCGUACUAAGUAAACCUGUCCCAAAGUUAGAGCCAUCAGAAGAAAAGGCUGCACCAGAACCUGAGAAAAUACUGCUUCCAGGGGAAAAAAAAGUGGGGAAAGAGGGCCAUUUGGAAGAAGUGGAAGAGAAAUCCUCUGCUGCCGAGGAGAAGCCUAUUCUAUUGCCGGAAGGGAAAUCGAUACUGCUGUACGGCGGGGCUGCCGCCGUGGCUAUAUUGGCUGUAGCGGUCGGAGUAGCGCUGGCGCUUAGGAAAAAGUAACGGAGCUCUCUUGAGGAGGAGGAGGAGGGGGGAGAGACAAGAGAGCACCAUCCAGUUUUUUGUAGUUGUGUUACCUAAAGGUUGAGCUGCCUGCUGUUUAAUUGGACAUUCGAGUAACUUAAUGGUGAUGGGGUGAGGUUGUUCAAUAAGCCUCCAGCUACGGACAAUCAUGUUUUUAGUAGAAUUGGGGCGGGGACUGGUUUUUCGUGAUUAAAGUACUGGGGUAUUUUUAAAAAAAAAAACAAAAAAAAAAUUCUGCAAAUUUAAGAACUUAAGUGCAGGUGCUGAAGAAAGGGGUGCUCAUACUCUAGGAACUGGAACAGAGAAUCCCCAGGGGAAGGGGAGAGCCAGCUGCUGCCAACCCCUGGAGUUUUUGGCUUCUCAGACUGACCGCUAUUGCAGCUGUGCUGUCUUGUCACUUCCCGUCGCGCCCCAGAGCCCUUCCUAACAAACAUUAGCCAACCUGAGUCCUGUAGCGAGAGGCUGGUCUCCCUUUUGUCUCGGCUUCCUCUCAGGUACAGCACUGCUCCUCAUAACCUUCCAGGUUCCUCCUAAGCCCCGGUGGGACAGUGCUUUUUUUUACCUCUUGGCUCACACUGGUUUUGGCCCCUAACGUUUACUGGAGCCCCAUCCUGUGAAGAUGCUGCCUCUCUAUUGCUGUAUUAUCUCUGAGCAUCCUGGUGUUCCUGGGGUAGAGGUGCUGCCCAGGAGGGUGGGAGGGACACUGCUGGUUUGAGAACCCAUUUGCUUUCCUCCUGCCCGGCCCACUUACUGCGACCCCUCAGUUACCAGAGGUGCAAAAUUCAUGCUGGACACGGUGCCGCUUGGAUCAGUGCUCUGAUCUCCGGGGUACGUCAGCGGUAAACGCUCUGCUGUCCUGUGUCACGCUGCAGUCUGCAUUGUCUUUCCCAAGUUAAGCACAGAGUGUAUUUAGUCCUAACUUGGUCUUGCCUGUGACAGAAUCCCAGAUAUAUAAAGCAAUGGAUUCUAGUGAGCAAAAGAGCAUUAAACAUCUCCUCUAUCUGCUUGUUCCUGACCUGACCUGGAGCGCUGGUCAGUGCGAUUUCUUUUGCAGCGGUGAAUCUGUAAUCAUCUAAACUUACAGGUUCACAAAUGCUGAGAAGAGUUACUUAUGGCAAAAAGGAAACCCCUCUUCCUGCAGUCACAACACUUCAGGUGUGUGUGGAGAGAAACGUUUAAAGUAUUGCCAUGCGCGUUAGUCAGAUCCAGCUACAAGCCUUCCUCUUUCAGCAUGUUUGUGUGUCUGUCCAUGUCCACUGCAGCUCUGUAGGCAAGACCUUGGGCUUUCCAGGCAGAACUAUGGAUGCAUCUCUGAAGGCUGGUGCUGGCACUGUGGCUUAGACCAGCUGGAGGGAGGUGAAGGGGAACUCGCGAUAAUGUAGAAACCGAAACAUGAGCUUACGGGAAUCUUACUCUUCACAAAGCACAAAGACAAGGUACUUUUAUUUCUAAAUAACCUUAUCUAGGGUACAUCUCCUGAUGAGCCUGUUACUUGAGGGAUCUCAGAAUGAAGAGAUUUUAGCAUAUUCUCUAUUUUAGGAUAUUCUUGCUGCAUUUUCCUAUCCCAAGAUGCUGGAAAGUUAGUCAGAGAGUGUCAGAUUCUGAGGAAUUAUUUUUGGUUAAGCUUUUGUGAGAAUGGAUUUUCUAGAAAACUUACUGGAUUUUGAACUCUGUGUGUGUGAAGUCGAAUAUUGAGAGGAAGGUUGUCACGUAUGUGCUGCCACUGUGGACUGAACUCGGGAGCUGUGGAGUUCUGGACUUUACUGUUGAUCACUGAUGGCUCUUUUUCCAUAUACAAAACUUAGUCGUUUGGCCUUAACAGAAAAAAAAACCACAAAACCCUUUAUAACAUUGCAAAGUGGAAUUGACUUUUUUGCCAUUUCCUGGUAGUCUCAUUGCUGUGCUUUCCUGCCAGGUCAGUUGGGAUAGGGCUGCCCCUCUCCUGCUGCUUUGCUGAUGGCUUUGGGUUCUUCUCCGGGAACGUUCUCUGUGGGAAAAGGGCUGUUCUGAACCUGACCUACAUCCUCUCCUUACUGAAGACGCUGAGCCUACAGCUGGGACAUCCCCAGCUGUCGCCACACAGCAGGUUACUCUAAAGCAGAGAUGGAUUCUGUGGACACUGGAUAAUUUGUGUAUCAAGGGUGGGGUGCAGACAGGGCUGGUUUUACUUUAACUCUUCUCUGGAUGUGGUUGUUUCAGUGUUAGUGUGGGAGAUCAGUAGAGGACAGACAGGAACAAAUCCAGGCUGGCUAGGGAAGAAGUCCGUAACUUGUUGGCACAAGGAGCCCAGCAGGGCAUUAAAUAGAAAGCAUCUUCUUCCACACAGCAGUGAGAAGGUGGCAGCAGGAGUAAGGAAUAAGUGACUGUGUUAAGUCUUUUGCCUGACCAUGAAAAUGCUUGAAUAUCUGGUGUGUUACCACAUUUAAUGGAGGAUCAGCUGCACCGUAUGUUUUUGCUUGGUCCUUCCUCUAGAAUAUUCUUUUCCUCUAAGGGUCUUUUAGAUUUGGCAAGUCAGCAAGAAUUUGUACCCUCUUCUCCCCCACCCCACUGACCACAUGUUCAGAACAUUGUGAGUCUCUUUCCUCUGGGAACACUCCGUUAGUUAAAAAGGUCAGUUGAGGGCUUGAAUUCUGCUGAAUUUGGAGUCCUGUGGUCAGAGCUGGGACAGGCCCUGUGAAGUCACCAAAGGGCAGGUAAGGUCAGAGGGCAGCGUUCCUGCAGACCUGAGUGACAGGCUGCCCUGUCAGAGUGUGAAUUAGAAAAUGGAAGGGGUUUUUCCCCUCGUCUUCAAGUAUAUUGCAGUAAUCCUACGCUGCAGGGUCUAACUACCCCGAAAGGUGGGAUGCAACCUCUCUUUAGUGGAUCUCUUGUAGCUGGCAGAGGGAAAGGCAGUAGCUCUAUACUUACAAAAGGGCAACUUGCGUUGCAUAUCCCCUUCCCAAAAGUGCCUCAAUAUCUGUCCUCGAGUGGCCUGUACCUUAACAAAAUAUCUACCUUAGACCCAUUCUGUCUUCACUUUAUCCUUAGCACACCCUAAAGCUGAGAUGCUAAAACAGCAGCAGACGAGAUCUACAAAGAAGUGGUAAAUAGUUAAUGAACUGCAGUGGGCAGCGUGCUCAGUAAGGAGCUGUCAAGGAAAAGGCUUUCAAGAGAAGGUGCAAAUUAAAUUUCAGCUGUGCUUAAUUCUAAGCUAUGCUCAGUUGGGCAUUGUGGCUGGGAGAUGGGCAGGGGCUUUCUUCAGCUGGCACUGCAGGAACAAGAGGCUGGGAGCAAAGACCAAACCCCAGAAUCCCACUGUUACCCAAAAGCCCAAAGUGCAGACACAGAGCCACGUCCCUGCCUGUUGUAGCUGCCCUGUGUGGGGUGGAGCCUGGUGGACUCCUGCCUCCCGACUCCCUUCACCUUCACAAAAUCCAGCUGUGGGGCUGGAGGUGGGGCAGCAUGACAGUACUGAGCUGCUCAGCUGGCCAAAACAGGAAUAUUACUUGGUACAGAGAGAGAGGGCACAGCUUGAAUACUUAAAGUUUUGGUUUUCACUGGGCUGGGUGGGUGCUGAGAGGGGUUCUCAGGGUGGUAAUUCGGCUGCUGAAAACUACAGAAAAUAAUCUGAGAUGCUAGGGCUGGCCCAACCAAACAAUCUGGAGCCAAGAAAGCAGCACUUCUGCAGCCUUCUGUCCAUUAAGAUGUGAAUCUUGGAGCAGCUGCUGCUCCAGGUCCUCACCAGUCCAAACAAGCUCCUGGCACAGAGCCGGAUGAUGCAGCGGGAGCGUGGUCUCUGUUCAGUAUUGCACCUGCUUUUGGACACCAGUUUAGAUUCUGGCUGGAGGUGAAGUGCCUGUUGUGGUGGUGUUUGCAGUUGGUUGUUUCUUUCCUAACAUGCCUUCUGGAGAGCAAAUUAGUACUAAGGAAUCCAUCCUUGCUGUUUGUGAGGGCUUGAUUUUUCAUCCUGGCUGGAAGCUGCACUCAGGCAUCUGCAGCUCGAGGGCCAGGUGAAAGCUG